AUGGCGCGCCGGCAGAAGGUGAAGGCGGCGGCCGCGGGCAAGCGCGGGGCUCCCGCCGCGCUCCCCAGCCCGGCCUCCUCCUCGGAGGACGAGGCGGACGAGGCCCCGGAGGAGGUGCCCUUCGGCGUGGCGAGGGAGGCGGCCGAGGCCCAGCGGAAGCUCGUGGGGGAGGCGGCGCGGAGGCACCGGGAGCUGCUGAAGGAGAAGCGGCGGCGGCACCAGGAGCUCUUCGCGGAGCAGAAGAAGCGCCGGCUGCUGCCUGAGGCCGUGCUGCAGGAGCUGCAGGAGCUGCAGGAGCUGCAGGAGCUGCAGGAGCUGCAGGAGCUGCAGGAGCUGCAGGAUGUGUCCACACGGCCCGCUGAACAGGCUGUGGCAGAUGACUCAGAUACUCUCAAUGACCAACUUGAAGCUGGGGCUGUACAGGUGGAACAAGGCCCGGCCCAAAGGCGAGGCCAAGCCGAAGUGCAGGAGAAGAAGGGCAAGAGGAAGAAGGCUCCCAGGACAAAAGGGAACUACGUGGCUGUGUGCCUGAAAAAGCACAGUGGAACAGGCCUCCACCAGCAGCUCGCCAAAGACUUCCUAAAUGCCCAGCUCUACGGGCCACACACCAACCGGGUACAGGCAAAUGAAUUUUUUUCCCUUGCAAACAAGAAGGACCCAGUCAAAAAAGCUGCAGUUCAGUUCGUGGACAAGUCCUGGGGGCAAGAUAAAAAGGAAAAAGCAGCAAGGUUUAGGAAACGUUGGCUGGCAACACAGAUUAAAAAUGGAGUCUGAAGACGGCUUUUUCAGAAGAUGCUGCUAAGGACACUCAGUGACAUUUGAUCUCAACACACCACAGGUGUUUCUUCCCCUCUUCAGCACCACUUUGCUUUCAGCUCCAGGCUGCAGCAGGCACCGAGCUGUGCCUGAUCGGAAUUCCUUGUUCUCCCCCCCCUUUCAGAAGUUCUCGGGGAAGAUACAAAGCCAGGCCAGUGUUGUAGAACAGCUGGUGCUAGGACCAGGCUUGCUGAGCUGCCUCCAUGAGGCAAUGCCUUUGCAGAGAAUAAACAUGAGCCAUGUUGUACCUAC